AUGCUGAUCUAUAAUGCAAAUAGGAAUAAUUUGAAAUCAAUUUUAGUAGAUAUUGAUAUCUUUUCAGUCGACUCCAUGGAAAAUCUCACGGAUUUCAAGAAAUUAAUUAACAUUAGUGAUUUUCAUUUCAUCAUCCAGCAACCUCCAUGUCCCGUUGAUGGAAUUGAUCUCGCAGUUUUUGUUGAAUCAGCUCCUGAUAACUUUUUAACACGUCAUGCCAUUCGACGAACUUGGGCAAAUCAAACAGAAAAUGGCAAAUUUGGUCGAUUUCGAGUGUAUUUUACUCUUGGAACAGUUUCGACGAAGCAAAAACAAGGCGAAUUGAUUCUCGAAAACUAUCAGUUUCAAGACUUAAUUCAAGGAUCCUUUGUCGAUCAUUAUCGAAAUCUCACUUACAAGCACGUAAUGAGUCUAAAAUGGGCAAAAUAUUUCUGUGGAAGUGCCAAAGUCGUUUUAAAAACGAAUGACGAUGUGAUGUUCAACAUGCCCUUCUUGUUAAGUUCCUUCAAAACUAAUUUUUGGGAGAAAAUUUAUGAUGAAAAUCGAGAUUUUGUUUACGGGCGUUUGUUUCAUGAGAAUCCGAUCGGACGAAGUUCAAAGGAUAGACAUCGAGUGACAGAAGAAGAGCUUCAAGGCAAAUUUUAUCCAGAUUACAUCGGAGGUUUCGCGAUAUUUUAUGCCCAAUCGACAGUUGGAAAGAUUUACGAAGUUGCGAACAAUUUGCCGUUUUUGUGGAUUGAAGAUGCCUUUGUUAGCGGAGUAGCGAGAGAAAAAACGGGAAUCAAUGCAACAGACGGCGGAUAUUUGACAUUUGACAUGCCAUCGAAAAAAGUACAAGAAUUUGUCAAUUUGAACCAAACUGACGUUAAAAACUUUUUUGUUGCUUGUUACAACUUUGACAUUGUUGCUGAAGGAGAUGCAGUUUGGAAGGGCAUUCAACAUUUGAAUAAACUUUUAAAAGUUUCAUAA